GGGGCUGCGGCAGACAGGCGCGGGAGCCGGCACGGCGUUAAGUGCAGCUCGGAAGCACGGACUGGGCCCAUUUCCCUUUCAUCCUUUCUUCCAUCUGCACACAGUUGUCUUCAGCAUGGGGGAGCAGAACGACUCUCCCGGGAAGGAGCUUCAGCACAGGACACGAGCAGAGGCUCCAGGAAAGAAAAGCUGGCAUUCCCAGGCCUACGCCCUUGGGGCCGUUUCCAACUUUAUGUCUACUUUUCUGACCUUUCCUAUCUAUAAGGUUGUGUUCCGGCAACAGAUCCAUGCCAUGGCAGUGUCAGAGGCUGUGAGACAGCUUUGGCAUGAAGGUCCUCAAUACUUCUACCGGGGAAUCUACCCUCCUCUUCUCUCCAAGACGUUGCAAGGGACUCUUCUGUUUGGGACUUAUGAUAGCCUGCUGUGCUUUCUCUCUCCUGUUGGGCCACACACCCUGGGACACCGCUGGGCUGCAGGGCUCAUGUCUGGCGUGGUGGAGGCUGUGGCACUCAGUCCCUUUGAAAGGGUGCAAAAUGUGCUCCAAGAUGGUCGCAAGCAAGCUCGCUUCCCCAGCACCUUCAGCAUUCUCAAGGAAUUCAACUCUUAUGGGCUUUGGGGGCGGCUGUCACUGGGUUACUAUCGUGGUUUCUGGCCUGUCCUGGCCAGGAACAGCCUGGGGAGUGCUCUAUAUUUUUCUUUCAAGGACCCCAUCCAGGAUGGCCUGGCAGAGCAAGGCCUGCCCCACUGGGUUCCUGCCUUGGUGUCUGGUAGUGUCAAUGGAACAAUCACCUGCCUAGUUCUGUAUCCUCUGAUUGUGCUGGUUGCUAAUAUGCAGUCCCAUAUUGGAUGGCAGAACAUGCCAAGCCUGUGGGCCUCUGCCCAGGAUGUGUGGAACACUCGGGGUCGAAAGCUGCUCCUGAUCUACCGUGGAGGCUCUCUGGUCAUCCUAAGGUCCAGUGUGACAUGGGGCCUCACUACGGCAAUCCAUGACUUCCUGCAGAGGAAGUCUCACUCCAGGAAAGAGCUGAAGACUGACUAGCUGCAGAACGUGUGGCCAUGGCAGCUUUGUUAUUCUAAAUCUUCCCUGGUUGGUUCUAUAUAGCUUACUUCUUCAGUUGCCUAAUACAGCCAUCCUUUAGCAUCUGUAAACUCAUUGCAUGGGAGAAGUUCCCAACUACCAACCUGUUGAGCAAGGACAAAGCCCAACAGGAUUCCUUAGUCAAAAAGAAAUGUUCGCCCCAGUCUCUCCACAGCUUCAGUAGCCUCAGAGCCAGGAGGCCUUUAAAUAACAUGUAACCCAGAUUAAGUGUCAUUCCUUUAAAUAAUUCCUUGGCAAUAAGUGGAAACUUAAAAAGAUGACCUUACUUAGGCACUUUGAGCUUUGGGGCCCCUCUAGGUGUCCUCCAGACCAAACUGAGUGGAACUCAAAUUUCAAAGAACUAUGCUCGACUCUUAGGAUGGGAAUUCCAUAAAACUUCUCAGAUGGCUACAUUUUCAUGACAUUGUUCACUGCCUCUACCACCACCUCUCACUUCUCAAGGCUGUGGGUCCUACUUUCAGGGUAGCAGCUGUGACUGGAAAUCCCAAAUUAGGCUUGUGUGAACUCAUCAGGUGCCACAAGAACUAGUGGGGCUGGAGAUGGGAGUGCGAAGAAGUGUGGCCCAUGGAUGGAAAGGAUAAAACUUUGAAAGAAGAGAUUUAAUUACAUGCAAAAUAGAAACAUUUGCUAUAGUCUGCUUGGUGUUAUCUGCUAGGACAUUUCUGAGAGCAAGGUGAUAACAUUGCCUAGAAACCAUUUGAGUUUCCCUAAAAAACCUGGAAGUGAAGUGACCAUAUCUUUUCACAGAUAAUUGCAUAUUUUGUUGAUGUGGUUAAUGUAGUUACUAUGACAUAAAGAUCACAAAUCUUAGCCUUAGAAAUCAGAGCCAUUCAAAAUAUGGUCCUUAUAUAACUUUCAACAUAUUGUCACUCCACUUACAUAAACCCCAAACACUAGCCAUAAUGAACUCUUGUUCUCUCCCCAGACAUUCCAUGAACUUUCCCAUGGCCAUACUUUGGCCCACACUAUUCUUUCCACCUGCAGUGCUCCUCCUUCAUGUGCCAGUCUACCAAAAUCCUUCCAGCUCCUCAAAGCCCAGCUCAGAGGUCACCUUCUCUAUGGAGCCUCUUGAUUUCCCCCAACUGAAUGUGACAUUAAUCUCUGUGACAUUAGUCUCUUUAACAUUAGUCUCUGUGAUGCCCCUUUCUUUUUCUUUUCUUUCUUUUUUUUUUUUUUUUUUUUUUUUUGAGACCGAGUUU